GGGGCUGCAUUAGAAAAAGUCUAGAGGUAUGAGAUCAUAACGUCAACACAAAUGUGCAAGUGGAGGACUUGCUUGACGUUAACUUACAGUAGUAUUGUAGCUAGGGACCUUGUACUUUCAUCACGACACUACUGAAAUUAACCCCAUUCCGAGUCAAAAAUCUCCAUCGAAUAUUCUCGUCUCCCACACCUUCAUAACUCCCAUCAAUCGACACAACCAUAACCAACAAUGCCACCCAAGAAGUCCCUCCUCAAGCCAAAACCAAAAUCAAAGACAAAAGCCCCCGACCCCCAAUCCGAAAACGACUUCCUCGACACCGCCGACGAGCACGAACAAGCGGCGGGAAAAUGGCGCGCCGGUGAUGCCGCAAAAGCAGCACGCUUCUUCACGCGAGCACUCGACGUGUACAACGCCGGCCUAGCGCGAUAUCCGCGGUCUUUUGAUUUGGCGUAUAACAAAGCUGUUCUAGAAUUCAACAUCACAGAGGACCCGCGCAUAGUAGCGCAUCUGGGCAAUAACAGAAACGCUUUACUGGAAGCUACGCUAGUUUCUCACCGCAAUGCUAUAUCGCUUAAUCCGACGAAUACUGAUAUCCUGUUCAACGCGGCGCAGGUCCUUACUUCCCUGGCCGAAGCACGACUCGAUGCAGGGCCCCUGGAUACUGCCAGACUGCCCGCUAGGAUGCUGCUCGAGGAGUCCGUUGACCUGUUUACUAAGUGCCUCGACAGCCAGGAGCGUGAGUACGCGCAGAUGCAGGAUGAGAUUGCGAAGGCGCAGGCGUCGGGUGAGUAUCAGGAGGCGUGGGGAGGGGAGAGACCUGCGAAGGCGCAGGAACAGGAGGAAGAGGAGGCGGAUGAGACUGAGGUGCCGGAGGAGUGGGCCAUAGUGGAAGAACCCCUGACCCCGGAGAGCAUUCUGGAAACAUGUACUGCGCAGCUGGGCGCGCUGACUACGCUUCUUGGGCUGUACAGUCCCGCGGAUCUGGCGAGUAUAGAGAAGAAGGCGCAGGAUGGGCUGGAGACGGCGAAUAGCAAGAUCCCGGCUUUGAUUGAUCUUGUGGACAAGUUUCCGUCCUUGGAUGUCGUGGACGAACCUAAAGCUGGUCCAACACUCUCCAUUGGCUCAGCAGCUGCAACAGAAGAAGCCACCACCUCACCCAAAGAAGACGCAGUUCUCGCCGCUGCAAACUUCCACGCCAGUAUAGCCGAGGCGAUGUACCGUAGCGGAAGAACCACCUCCACCGAGUACGCCCAAACCGUCGAAUCAACAUUCAGCAGCCUGACAAAAGGCACUGCCACCACCACCGACCUCGCAUUCAUAAACAUCCAAUCCGCGUACGCAGACGCACUUAUGGACCUCUCCUCCGCCCUGGCAGACGGCACCCAAUACACACCCUCGUUUCCCACAUUCUCCACAGACAUCGAAAUCCAAUGGACGGCCCUCACACAAGUCCAAACCAUCCUUACGAAACUCUCCUCCGCGCCUCAGAGCUCGUUCCUCUCUCCAUCGCGACUGGCGGACGUAUUCCUCGCAAGAGGUGACGUCGACUUGUUCCGCUUCCGCAUGUCGUUGUUUGAAGCGGCGAAGCCGGCGUGGGUGAAGAGUAGAACGGUGUUAGUGACUAACGCGGGCGUGUUCUACCGUGGAGCAAGGAGUUAUGCGGAGAGGGCUGGGACUUCCGGGGUACGUGGCGUUGCUGAUGCGAAGGCGAUCGUUGCGGAGAUUCUGAAGGAGGUGGCGAACGGGUCUGGGGCGAAGAAGGAGCAUUGGAAGGGUAGGAGUGCGGAUGUAGCGAGGGUGGUUGAGCAGAUGGCGGAAGAAGGUAUUGUCGGGCGUGAGAAUGUCGAGGGGGUGUUGAAGUGGACGACGUGAAGUUGAGUAAUAGUGGAAUGGGUUUUUAUAUGUGGUAGGCUGCCCUGGUGGAGUAGUGGUUUGGCUGGCUGUGUAUAGACGGUAACUGCAACUUCUCUGAUCACUUGUACAACUCGUCUUCGGAACUUUAUAUCUUCAUGUCCAGCGAAACGCGUGAGUAACUCGUAUCUGUCG